UCCGGCGAGGGGAUGGGACUUCCGUGCUGGUUGCUAAGACACUCUUGUUCGCUCCUUGACAACCCUGGCGGGGGUGCGCUGGCAGCGGCCUCGGCUCCGGCCCCCGCGGGAGCAGCACCCCUUGGGGAAAGACAUUUUCUGCUCCUGCUAAGUUGGCAAGGCCUGCUUCCCCAGCCUCCUGAGCAGCGUGACUGCUGGGCCCAGCGCCUCCUGAACGUCCCACCCUCUCCUCCUGAGGGCACACUGGGAGAAUCAUGGGAGAGACAGAAGGGAAGAAAGAGGAGGCUGACUAUAAGCGGCUGCAGACUUUCCCCCUGGUCAGGCACUCGGACAUGCCAGAGGAGAUGCGAGUGGAGACCAUGGAGCUUUGUGUCACAGCCUGUGAGAAAUUCUCCAACAACAACGAGAGCGCUGCAAAGAUGAUCAAGGAGACAAUGGACAAGAAGUUCGGCUCCUCCUGGCAUGUGGUGAUCGGCGAGGGCUUUGGGUUCGAGAUCACCCAUGAGGUGAAGAACCUCCUGUACCUGUACUUCGGGGGAACCCUGGCUGUGUGUGUGUGGAAGUGCUCCUGACAGCACCCACAGCUCUCCUGCCUCUCCUCUGGGCUGGGGAGCAGCCCUAGGCAGAGCCUGGCUCCUGCAAGGAGAGUACAGAGUUUUCUUUUGCCCUUGUGUACCAGUUUCCUGAGCCACAUCCAGGUGUGAAUUUUGUGACAUCUCCACUCCCAGGCUCUCCAUUGUCUCCCUCUGAGUCCUGACCUGUGGACAGGCUUCUCUGUGUGCAUGAGGGGUGGGAUUGUGUGACGGGUGAAGAGGGUGAGGUCAUGGGAUUUUUCUCCUUGGAAUGGACUGGUCCCACCCUCCAUCCCAGGAGCCCAAAGCCCUUCUGCCCCCAGGACUGCUGGGAAGUAUCUCCUCUCAUGAGACACAGGACACUUCUCUCCUUGUCAUUGGGGAAGAGAUUCCCUCUCCCUUCCCCAGCCUAACCCGGAGCUGAACAAACCACCAUUUCUUACUGGACCAGCAGUUCAUAGCCCUGGCUUUGGCAUGAGGAUCACACAGUCUUCCUGUCCCCUUCUCUCUCCCAGCCCGGGCCACACAUCCAUAGCACCUCCAUCAUAUCAGCCGCAUGGCUGAGAGCUGGGCCGUGGUGCAGAGCGAGUUCUCAAGCUGUUGCUGAACUCCGGUGAGACACCUGGGCCAGGAGUGCGCUCACCGCGAGGCCCCCUUAGCAGGGAACCUGGCCUGCCAGGACUUCAUCAGGGACCGCAUGCUCUUUGUACUUCUUACCUUGCUGGCUUUUCUAGAUUCUUUUUGAGUGUGGGGAGAAGGGUUUUAGUAGAAGGGUGAACCAUAUUUUACACAGCGGUCUUAUUUAUAUAAACGUCUUGGUUUUUACAAUUAAAAUGACUAAAAGCUAAACUUAGUCUAUGUUGUACUGAAGUAUCCUGGAAGAAGGGCUCUGGGCUGCGUGUUCAGUUGUAACAGAUUUCUAUUAGAUCCCCUGGACAGUGGUGCAACAAAGACCAGUGCUCCUGGGGGGGGGGGGGAAUGCUUGUGUGUGUAUGUGCACAUGUGUGCACACAUGAGCAGGCCUGGAGAAGCGGCACCAAAGUCAUCUGGGCAGAUGUGAGGAGCAGGAACUAGCCCUCCUGGAUUAGGUGGGAGAGUUCCUUGACCCCAUUGGGGUUGCUGCCAGAGAGAUGGGCAACCCUGUGCGUGGGACUGGAAGGGGUGACCAGGUGCGGUGGUGCAGGAGGCAUUGAAGGGGCUCCAGCCUGGAAUAGCUGUGGCUGAUUGGUACCUGCUUUGCAUCUGUUCUCCCCUUAAUCUGCCUCACGGGGGUGCUGGCAAAUGAGGCCAGUUUAGCAGUAGCCAAGGUAGCGUAGUGGCUGGGAUUAUGGGUUCCAGGGUCCCCAGAUCUGGUUCCUCUGUUAUGUUCUAGGCCACCGCAGUUUUGUCUGUAGAGUGGGCAUGACACUUGCCUGCAGAGGAUGUGUGGCCACUGACAGGCAAGUAGAUGAUAGGGCACCAUAGCAGGGUACUUUCCUGGACAGUCCUCCUCGACUCCUUUUUCCUCCUCACAGUGUGUGGAAAGAUAAUUAGUUUAAGGGUAAAAGCUAAAGAGAUGUUGUCAUGGCUAUUAAUCAAGUGUCCCUCCCUGCUUCCCGCACCUGAAAUCAUAGUUUACUACUUAAUGAGCCCUCUGAUGUUAGCUUUAAUUCUCGACACCACCUGGAACCACCUGGGAAGCGCCUCAGUGAGGGACUGUCGCCAUUGGGAUGACCUGUGGCCUGUCUGUGGGAGGCAUCUCAAGUUAACUGAUGCAGAAAGACCCAGCCCACUAUGGGUGGCACCAAUCCUAGGAAAGGGGCCCUGAACUGUGUAAAGAGUGAAGAAUCUGAGCAAAGCUCAAGCAAGCGAGCCUGUCUGCUCUUGACUGGAUGUGGUGUGAUUGAUGCUUCAACCUCCCCACAGUGACUAUAACCUGGAAGUCAGACCCAAA